UAGUCUGAUCAUCUCUAUCCGAACCCACCCUCAACGUACCGUUCGCUUCACUUUUACAUAAGGCUUGUAGAUUUGUAAGGCUGAACAAAAAGUAUUCUAGUCGCAGCUUUUCCUCCAUACUUUAUUCCUAACGCAACUCCAAACGAAAAAAUGUUUGAGAAAAUGGCGUGGAAGACCAUGGGUUGGGUCCGCAUGGAUGAUCAUCUUAUGAAAGAAGAGAUCAUUAAAAAAUUGUUGCACAUCGAUGCAGUCACUCCAGAUAUCAUGAAAGGAGUCGAUCUAACAUUUGAGGCACUCUAUAACAGAGAUGACCUGAAGAAUCUCCUCAAAGAGAGCAAAGUACUUCAGGCAAUAAGCCGAAUUUAUAUUACGAGGCCAAAAGAUAACGCCCAAGCGAUCUGGGAAAAUGGCAUAUUGAACCCAGAAGAUCUCCGACGAAUGAAUAAUCUCAAAACUGAUGGAGAGGUUGGAAUUCCUUCAUUACUCCACAAUAUAUUUCACCAGGAGACGGGAGAUAAAAAAUUGAGGUUCUUCUUCCACCUACCAACCCUCAUAUGCGUCAAAUUUGAACCAAAAAAAUAUAGCGACUAUCAUAACCAUCACAAAUUCACUAUCAACCACCAAGUUGUGAUAGAGAAAGAGGAUGGCGAGCUUCCGGUGCUUGUAACUAAGCAAGAUUAUGUUUAUCAACUAAUUGCUUCAGUCAGGCUAGCUGGCGAGCGAUACGACAAAGAGGGCAUGAAGGUUGUCGAUGAUGUCCGGACAUACUGGAUCGACGGCCAACCUAUCGACACCCGAAAUGUGGCUAUGGAAGGGAAUGAAAAAGAAAAGCAUAUGGAAACAGAGUAUAAGGAAGCUGGGAAUAAGAUAUGGAGUAUCGGAGAACCAGGUCGAUACCUUCUUUUCUAUACUAUCGUCAUCCUUGCUGAAGGCGUACCAAGCUCGGUCCAUGAUAAGAAGUUUCCUGAAUUCAUCCCAAUGUUCCAAGGGGAAAAAGCAUAAAAGAAAACAACAACUCAGCGCGGGACGCCGGAUAAAGUCUGAUACGAAUACUCGUCUUCCUAAAUACAUUGUUCCGGAACUUUAAUCCGACGAAGAACUGGAGUUUCCAAUCCGUGAAGGCGGCAACCCAUCCAAGUUGGUCAAUAAUCGCAAGACCGCGUAACUUCACUAUCUCCACCAUAGAAAAUCAUGGAUAGAGGAGACAUAGCUUUGAGGGUCCACAGCCAGAACCAUUUUACUGGAAUCAAAACUCUCAGAACCACCAAAUUUUCGUUUUAGACGUGUGCUUGAAGGGUAUCGCUGGCGUGGUGGGCGUGGUGAGGGGAGUAGCGGUUCUUCCUGCUCUGAUUUAUCGUAGGAUGCAGGAUUUGUUGCGCAUGCAUCCGUGCGAGUGGUCAGUAAAUGGUGUUGAGAAAACAUUUUGAGCAAACAUGGAUGGGAGAGAAAAGAGUACAUUGAUGGGUUGGUGCAUGAAAGGAGUAUGCUCUUAGGUGUCUGUAUUUCCAUGAAUUCAAGCCCUGUCACCAUAAUUUACUCGUUUGUGACCUAAGGUUGUUGAGUGGCAUAAUGUGAAGUUCUUACUCUCUUAUAUCAGGUAUGUAUACUCACCAUAAAUCUAG